UCCGCGCCCCGUUGGCCCGCGCGCGCAUGCGCAGUGACGCCCUCCCCUGCGCCGGCCGUUCCUGCCUCCACUGCGCAGCCGCCGACCGCCUCCGAGGGCCGCCCCUUCCCCCGCCGGGCGGUGGGCGCGGCGGCGGGCGGCGGCGAGGAGCCGCGGCGAUGGAGCAGAAGCGCAGCCCGGAGACCGGCCCGGAGGCGGGGCCGGAGGACGGGGACCCCGCGGGAAAGAAGCGGCUGCUGUGUGCGGACUUCGCCUCCGUCGCCGGCUGCCAUGUCGAUGUGGCGCGGCGCUACCUGGCGGAGAACGCCUGGGAGGUGGAGAGGGCGCUGAACGCCUACUUCGAGCCGCGAGCGGAGGAGGGCGCCCUCCCGCGCCGCCCCGCGCCCCCGCCAGCGCCGGUGUCCUGUGUGGACCUAACCAAUGAGGAAGCGCCUGACCCCGUCGGCUCUAGAAGCGGCUCAGCUGGACCCCCCCAGCAGGAAGACGGCAGCAUGUUCUCUCUCGUCUCCUGGAACGUGGACGGGCUGGAUCUGAACAACCUGUGGGAGCGGGCUCAAGGGUUACCAGAGAGCAGCAUGAACAUGGAUAUUGGGUGUCUGCGAUGGUACAGCCCAGAUGUGAUAUUUCUGCAGGAAGUUAUUCCCCCAUAUUACAGCUUGCUAAAGAAGAGAGCAAGCAGUUAUGAGAUUAUUACAGGUCAUGACGACGGGUAUUUCACAGCCAUAAUGUUGAAGAAAUCAAGAGUGAAAUUGAAAAGCCAAGAGAUUAUCCCUUUUCCAAAUACACAAAUGAUGAGAAACCUUUUGUGUGUGCAUGCGAGCGUGUCGGGAAACGAGCUGUGCCUCAUGACUUCCCACCUGGAGAGCACCCGGGGGCACGCGAAGGAACGCGCGAAUCAGUUUAAAAUGGUUCUAAAGAAGAUGCAGGAGGCUCCCGAGUCGGCCACCGUCAUAUUUGCAGGGGACACAAAUUUAAGGGAUCACGAGGUUACCAAAUGCGGUGGUUUACCCAGCAACAUCUCGGAUGUCUGGGAGUUUUUGGGCAAACCUAAGCACUGCCAGUACACGUGGGAUACACAGAUGAACUCUAACCUUGGCAUCCGUGCCACCUGUAAGCAUCGCUUUGAUAGGAUAUUUUUCCGAGCGGCGGCGGGAGGCGGCCACAUCAUUCCCCAGAGUUUGGAUCUCCUUGGGCUGGAGAAACUGGAGUGUGGCCGGUUUCCCAGCGAUCACUGGGGCCUUCUGUGCACCUUGGACGUCAUAUUGUGAAGAGCUUUUCAAGUAGAAGUCACAUGUUCUGAGUAGUUUUGUGCUGGAGAUUUGCACAUAGAAUUCCUGCCAUCUGGAAAGUCAGGUUUCGUAUGGAAGGAAUAUAUUGGACCACCAGAAGAGAAGGAAAAACUGAUUCUAUUUUGUGUUUUGUGUCCUUAGUUUUCAGAACAAAGUAUUAAUGUUUAUUUCGAGGGAAUAUCUGUGUUCAGAAUAUGAGGUCUCCUGGUGAGAGUACAUGAAGGCUGUCAGCUGUCAGUAGUGCUGAGAGCUGCGGCUAGAUUGCACUGCCUCUGGGCCAGCCUUUAGCGUUGAUUUAUUGUAGAAAUCGGGAACCAAAGUAGUGAAUGUUUAGGUAAGUCUUCAAGAGAAACAAACUGGAGGCCACUGAGUCCUUGGCACUGGGUCUUUGGUACCAGGUCAUCAGCGUUGGAGCGGGCGACAGCUGCCCUGUGUCAGCCGACCUUGCCUCACUGGUGAGCUGGACCUGAACUCGUGACUUAACAUUCCUUAACUUUUAAAUCCAUAUCUGUAGUUGUGUAACCAAGAGAGCCAAGUUGGGCGUGAUGGGGAUGAAAGUCCGUUUACAGCAGUUCUGGACUGGUUUUCGAGAGCAGAAUAAUGUGUAAAGAGAAACAGCCUUUUAGUUUUGCUACGCUAAAUGGAAUUAUUUUACAAGAGAUGAGGAGCACCUUUAAAUGUGCUUUAAGGGAACAUUUUUUCCCAUAAGAGAAAGAUACUUUAAAUAAAGAAAUGUACUUGCUUGUA